AACUCCACCGCGUUACCGGUCACCUAUUGGGGCCAAUUCGAGGAGAUUGGCCAAUUCAACCCCGGUCUGAAUGUGCCCGAGCGACUAUGGGCAGCUUGGUAUGCCUGGAUGCAAAAUGAUGUGCUGGCCACUGGAAUCAUGUCCUUCUUGAUGCACGAGAUGGUCUACUUCGGACGCUCUCUUCCCUGGAUCUUGAUCGACAGCACCGGUCUUUUCAACAAGUACAAAAUCCAGAACAACAAAGUCCCCUCGCUGCGCGAACAGUGGGAUUGCGCCAAGUUCGUUCUCUUGAGUCACUUCACCGUGGAACUCCCCCAGAUCUGGCUCUUCCACCCCAUGGCUCAAUUCUUCGGUCUCUCUACCUCGAUCCCCUUCCCCUCCGUCUUGACCAUGGCCUACCAAAUCGCGAUUUUCUUUGUUAUGGAGGAUGCCUGGCAUUACUUCUCUCACCGUGCUCUCCACUGGGGUCCGUUGUACAAGGCGAUCCACAAGAUUCACCACCAGUACUCGGCUCCCUUCGGAUUGGCGGCCGAAUACGCUUCUCCCAUUGAGGUUAUGAUUCUCGGCUUCGGAACCGUCGGUUGCCCCAUCGUCUGGUGUGCCUUCACCGGAAACCUGCACAUUCUCACCAUGUACAUUUGGAUUGUCCUGCGCCUGUUCCAAGCCAUUGAUGCCCACAGCGGCUACGAAUUCCCCUGGAGUCUCCACCACUUCCUUCCCUUCUGGGCUGGCGCCGAUCACCACGACCUGCACCACGAGAAGUUCAUUGGUAACUACUCGAGCAGCUUCCGCUGGUGGGACUACGUCCUGGGCACUGAGUACAGCCCGGAUUCCGUCAAGAAGCGCCGCGAGAACGCCAAGAAGGCUCAGUAA